AUGAUUCUGUUAUGGGUCACACUUCUUCUCCUUCAUCAAGGAUAUGGUUUGGUUCCAGUGAUCACAGCUCAUCUUGGUGAAACAACAACACUUACAUGCAAGUUGCCCGAUAUUAAAGACAGACGUAAUAAACUUUUUUGGUACAGGCAAACUGCAGGACAUUCUCUGGAAGCAGUUGUAAAGCUCAUAAGUCUUGCAAACCCAGAGUAUGGAGCAGGUUAUUCUGACUCGAGAGUAAAAGCUGUACUUACUGACAACGUGAGCAACCUGACCAUUUUAAAAGCAGCUCAAGAAGAUGAAGGAAUGUAUCACUGUGGCUUUAGCGACUGGAGCCAAAAUGUUUGGCGGGGGAACUACUUGUUAAUAAAAGGAAACACUGUGGGAACGUCAAACUACAGAGUAGUUCAGAAGAAGAUGGUAUCAGAUUCCAACCGUCCAGACAAUUAUGUGACUCUACAGUGCUCUAUCCUCUCAGAUUUUGAGAACAACUCUUGUUCAGAAGACGUCAGUGUGUUCUGGUUCCGAUCAGAUAAAUCUCACCCGGAUAUCAUCUACACAGAUGGAAACAGAACUAACAGAUGUCAGAAGAAAAUUGAUGAUCAGACUGGACGGGUUUAUAAUUUUUCUAGAAAAAUCAGCUCCUCUGAUGAUGGGACUUACUACUGUGCUGUGGCCACAUGUGGAGAGAUAUUAUUUGGAAAUGGAGCAAAGCUGGAAGAGCAAAAAGACAAAAUGGCAGACCCUGAAUUCCCCAUACUAUUGAUAGCUGUGAUCUGUUUGAUUAUUUCCAUGAUUAUAAAUGCUGUUUUUAUCUUUUACCGAGCUCCAAGAGCAGCAUGUAAACAAUUGAAAGAGGGAGAAAGCACCUCUUCCGAAGAACGAUGGAGGAACUUGAGUCAGCAAGGCGAUCAAAUUAAUGAAGAUGGAUGGGAUCUGAACUAUGCAGCUUUACACUUCAGUGCUGGGAAAGCUACAAGAGGAAAGAAGAGAAAAGAGACUGAGGACAGUGUGUAUUCCCAAGUUAAACUCUGAAAAUCUGUUUAUAUGUGCGGGAUGUUUAAGACAUCCAUCUAGUGAAAAUGAGUGAUU